AAGCUCGUAACUCGCACACGAGCGUUCGACGCCUGCGCGUGCGGUCGUUUAUAGCGACGCUGUGUCUGUUGGUGAGAGCAGCGACACUCCGCGGUCCCCGUUCAAUUCCGUGCCGAGCGUUUUGUCAAUUUCAACGAAAUGGAUCCAGUAAAAAUGUCCAUGCAGCCGCACAGCAGGAAACGCGUCUGCUACUAUUACGACAGUGACAUCGGAAAUUACUAUUAUGGCCAGGGGCAUCCCAUGAAGCCGCAUCGCAUAAGGAUGACGCACAAUUUACUUUUGAACUAUGGUCUCUAUAGAAAGAUGGAGAUAUACCGGCCUCAUAAAGCCACAGCAGACGAGAUGACAAAAUUCCACAGCGACGAGUACAUUAGAUUUCUGAGAUCUAUAAGGCCCGAUAACAUGUCGGAAUACAACAAGCAAAUGCAACGAUUUAAUGUAGGAGAAGACUGUCCCGUUUUCGAUGGUUUGUACGAGUUUUGUCAAUUAUCAGCCGGCGGAUCCGUAGCAGCAGCCGUAAAGCUUAAUAAACAGGCUUCUGAAAUCUGCAUUAAUUGGGGCGGCGGUUUACACCACGCCAAGAAGAGCGAAGCCUCCGGCUUUUGCUACGUGAAUGAUAUCGUGCUUGGCAUAUUGGAAUUACUGAAGUAUCAUCAGAGAGUCUUGUAUAUCGACAUUGACGUUCAUCACGGCGACGGCGUAGAAGAGGCUUUUUAUACGACAGAUAGAGUAAUGACAGUCUCGUUCCACAAGUACGGCGAAUAUUUUCCUGGGACAGGAGAUCUUCGUGAUAUCGGGGCGGGCAAGGGAAAAUACUAUGCAGUCAACAUACCUUUGAGAGAUGGUAUGGACGAUGAAAGCUAUGAGUCGAUCUUUGUUCCUAUUAUCUCGAAAGUGAUGGAGACGUUUCAGCCUUCUGCUGUUGUUCUACAAUGUGGAGCUGAUUCAUUGACAGGCGAUCGAUUGGGAUGCUUUAAUUUAACCGUGAGGGGUCACGGUAAAUGCGUGGAGUUCGUGAAAAAAUAUAAUCUGCCUUUCCUGAUGGUUGGCGGUGGUGGUUACACCAUUAGAAACGUGUCAAGAUGUUGGACAUACGAAACAUCGGUUGCUCUCGGAUGCGAGAUCGCUAAUGAGCUUCCAUAUAAUGAUUACUUCGAAUAUUUUGGCCCAGACUUCAAAUUACAUAUUAGUCCAUCAAACAUGGCGAAUCAAAACACUCCUGAAUAUCUGGAAAAAAUUAAAACGAGGCUGUUCGAAAAUUUAAGAAUGUUGCCUCAUGCCCCUGGCGUGCAAGUGCAAGCCAUACCAGAGGACGGAGCGGUUAUUGAGGAUUCGGAAGCUGAAGAAAAGGUCAAUCCGGACGACAGAUUGCCUCAGCGCGAUUUAGAUAAAAGAAUGCAACAUGAAAACGAAUAUAGUGAUAGUGAAGACGAAGGCGAAGGCGGGCGAAGAGACAAUAGGUCGUACAAGGGAUCUAGGAAGCGUCCUCGUUUGGAAAAAGGUCAAGAAGCUAUGGAUACUGAUAUGAAGAAAGACGAAGAUAUAAAGACGGAACCAAAAGAAAAUGAAAAGGACGAGAAGGCAAACCCAACGAAUGAGGAGACUAAGAAAGACGGCGGGGCGAAUCCCUGAUAGACAAUUGCCCCGGAGCAUCUGAGGAAAUGGAGAAGUUUUUAUUUAAAUUAAGUAACGAAUAAGUUUGAAUAACUUAAAUAAUGGCAGCACACGGUGCAUAGGUGUAUGCUGCCUCUACCUCGCGCGCGCCCUGUAAUUCGAAAUCAUUAUGUUUUUAUUAAGGAUCUUGAGAAAUUAUUAGAUGUCUAGAAAUAUUGGACUCACUCGUUGAGCGUCACCUCAUUGAAAUUGACACAUAUGAUCGUGUAGCUUAUAAUUCCCUGUAAUUUUAACCAUAGACCGUUAGGAAUUCCGAAGCGUAUCUCUGAGUGUUCUAAAAUGUCUUUUUUUUCUCGAAAGGUGAAAGUACCGCACAAAAUAAUGAAAAAUAUUCGCGUUUGCGAAACAGUGUUUCGAUCAAUUUGUCAGAAUUUUAUAAAAGUCUGACGGUAAUUCUUUUUAUACAACAUAUUCAUUUAUAGCGUAAACUUCGACUUGUAAUUUAAUUUUCGUACAAUAGUUCAUUCAUGAAUAGGUCGCGACUGUGUUUCAGGAUUUCAUAGUAAAUAUUUCAAGAAUUUUUACACAUACACACACACGCGCUACAAAUAUUCCAAAAUUAGGUCAUAAAAUAUUGAUGAUUGAUUUAGAAUAUUCAUGAGAUUAUAUCAUCCGAAUGCUGCAAUCAAACUCACGUGAAAUACAUGGGAUGAUACAUGUAUAAACCAUACGCCAGCCGUAUGUAUUUUGUUUGCACCAUCGGCGUAAUUUCGUACGUCUUCUUAUCCAUUCGUGAUUGAUUGAACCACUAGAUAGAAACUACUACACAGUUUAUACUAAGGAAGGGAUAGAACCACCCCUUAAUCAACGGCUUUCGAAAAAUCGCACGUUGGUGAAUUCGUUCGCUUCCUAUUCUUGUACAUAAUACGCAAAUUAAUCUCGAAGGAAAUUAAUCCUUGCAUGCAAUAACAAUACUGUAAUCAUAAUGUUCUUUGCAAAAGUGUAAAAAAUAUGUCUUACAUUACUCGAAAGAUUAGCAAAUGUUCCUUUGGCUCUACCGCUCGGGUUUAUCUCAUGACUUGCAGUGAGCAUUAUUAGCUUGUAACAUAUUUUAGAGAGCAAAAGCUAAGGGAGUAUCUGCAGCUUGAUAGAAUUGAAAGCUUGCAUCCGUUACAAGUUAAUUCCCACAUUCUGACUAGAUAAACAAAGAAGUGUCUGAGAAAGGAACGGAUAUCCUGAUAUUUUUGAGUAAUGUACGCAAGAGAGAAAAUGAGUCGGAAAGAAGGUAUGGUAAAGCUAGGGCAGUUGAGGAAUUAUGUAAUCAAUUUCAAAUGUAAUUGUAGAAUCUUAAACGUAUACUAGGCAAGACUUAUCUUAAUUUAUAUAUAGGUAUAAAAAUACAAAAAUUAUAAAUGUGACGUCUGGAUCGAUCCGUAAGAAUUCAAGAUCGCGAUGUCAUUCCAAGUGUCGAGUCUGCGUCGAUCUUGGUACAAAAAAAAAAGCAAAGGUUUCCAAAAAUUUGUCUCUAAACUGCAUUCUCUAUCUCCAGAGUCUCCUACGAGAGCAAUAAUUGUGUAUCUCCAACUUUGUGUAUAUAAGAAAUUUGUCCUUUUACUUUCCUUUGCGAUACUCAAUCAGGCCAGACCGGCGGUCGUGAUCGAUUUCACUUGUAAUAAUCUGUAAUAUGCGAUUGAUUGAUAUCACACACAAAGGCAAAUUCAAAAGGAUUAUUGCGUUAUGUCUCGUGUACGUCAAUUCGAGAUAUAAAUAGAUCAAGUAUUAGAUAUUUAAUGUCCACGUAUAAGAGUACACAUAUGGACGUUUUUAAAUAUUUAUAAUAAAAAAAUAAAGAAAUCUAUAUAUGUA